GGUUUUAUUAUGGUGGAGUUUCUUUUGAAAUCAGCCUCUAGCGGCCAGUCGAGGAAUUGCAGUUUCAGUCACUUCCUUAUUGGCUUCACUGGGGAUACCGGCAGGAGACUGACGCCUGGGAAGAGCAAGCUCAGGAAUGGUCCAAUGUCAGACAAUCAGGAAGCCCAAUCAGAUGAACUGCUGGCUCUGGCAAGCAUAUACGAUGAAGAAGAGUUUCACAGGACAGAAUCAAGUCAGAAGGGUGAGAUCCAUCUGUGCCUCGAGCUUCCUCCUGACUUCAGACUGCUGAUAAAGGGGCAGACACGUGUAGAGGUGGAUGUUUCCUAUUUGCCGCCCUUGGUUCUGAGUUUUGAACUACCCACAGACUAUCCUUCAUCAUCUGCUCCAGUCUUUACUCUGAGCUCCAUUUGGCUAUCGAGAGUCCAGAUCGCAACACUUUGCAAGAGACUGGAUGAACUUUGGGAAGAGAACAGGGGCAGUGUGGUUCUUUUUACCUGGAUCCAGUUCCUAAAGGAAGAGACUCUGCAGUUUCUGAACAUCCAGUCUCCACUUGAGAUCCAAACCAAUGGUGUCCAGCCUCAGUGUGAAUCUGCUGAGAGCCAAGCAGCAGCUGCUGCUGUAGAAGAGCUGGACCAGCGAGCAGUUCAAGUAGCUGAUCCUCACAGUGAUAUAUUAACCCAGCUGCUGGAUUUUAAUGAAGCUCAGAAGAAGAAGGUGUUUGAGGCCACAGUUUUUAGCUGUAAAAUUUGUUUUUCUGAGAACCUGGGCUCCAAAUGUGUGCUCUUCAAAGAGUGUCAGCAUGUGUACUGCAAGACCUGCGUGGAGGAGUACUUCAAGAUCCUGAUUAAAAAUGGUGAAGUGCAGUUUCUUUCCUGUCCUGAGCCAGAGUGCACCUCCCUGGCUACUCCUGCACAGGUGAAACUUCUCGUGAGUGAAGAAGAUUUUGCCCGCUAUGAUCGGCUCCUCCUGCAGUGGAGUCUGAACCUAAUGACUGAUGUUGUUUAUUGCCCUCGUGUGACUUGUUGCAUGGCUGUGAUGCUCGAGUCUGACCGGACCGUGGGCAUCUGCCCCUCAUGCCAAUUCGUUUUCUGCACCACCUGCAAACGAACAUACCAUGGCCUCUCCAUCUGCAAAGAAAUUCAGCUUCGCAUGUUGAAAGAAGCCAGAGAAAAAGAGCAAGAGUUACUUGAAGAAAAAGAAAGGGUUGACUAUGAAAAGCGGCUGGAAGAGAUAGAAACGGAGGAGACUUUAAGUGAAGACUGGGUGACGAAAAACUGUAAACAGUGUCCGAUCUGUCGCACUAACAUAGAGAAAUCGGAUGGCUGUAAUAAGAUGACCUGCUUUUCAUGCCAUGCGUAUUUCUGCUGGCUCUGUCUUGCAGUUCUCGGUGGAAAAGACCCCUACCUUCACUUCAGAGAUUUAGAGUCUCCAUGUUAUAACCAGCAAGGUCCUUGAUUAUGCACAGAGCAUAGUCAUGUUAUGAGAGAGAGAGUUUUAUUCAAUUCAAGUCAUGUUUAUUUAUCUAGCACUUUUACUAUGUAGAUUGUGUCAAAGUAGCUUAACAUAGAGUC